CGGCGCCGUGAUAGACCGCGUGCGUGUCGCGCGGAGGUCAUCCGGCUGCGUCUGCAGGAAUUCCUGGCUGCGCAGAAGUUGCGACUGCGCUCCUCGCGCGCAGCUUUCUUCUCGAGAGCGGACCGACGGAACCCUGACCGCUGCGCUGCUUAUUGUCGGCGGGGAAUGGCCAUCGCCGCGCGGUCCCGGAGCGGGUUCUACCGGCAGGAGGUCAACAGAACCGUGUGGGAGGUUCCGGAGAGGUACCGGGACCUGAAGCAGAUCGGAACCGGAGCUUAUGGGACCGUGUGCUCAGCAUGGGACCGACGUACAGCAGCACAGGUGGCCAUCAAGAAGCUCCACAGGCCCUUCCAGUCCAAGCUCUUUGCUAAAAGAGCCUACAGAGAGCUGCGGCUCCUCAAACACAUGAGGCAUGAAAACGUCAUCGGGCUGCUGGACGUUUUCACGGCUGAGAUCUCUCUGGAUCGGUUCCGGGACUUUUACUUGGUUAUGCCUUUUAUGGGCACCGACCUGGGAAAGCUAAUGAAGAUGGAGAAGCUGACGGAGGACAGAGUUCAGUUCCUGGUUUACCAGAUCCUGAAAGGCCUCAAGUAUAUCCACUCGGCCGGGAUCGUCCACAGGGAUCUCAAACCUGGAAAUUUAGCCAUUAACCCAGACUGUGAAUUAAAGAUCCUUGACUUUGGUCUGGCGAGGCAGGCUGAUGCAGAGAUGACCGGCUACGUAGUGACCCGCUGGUACAGAGCGCCGGAAGUUAUCCUGAACUGGAUGCACUACACUCAGACGGGUAAAGGACGUCCUCAUAGUGGGAACGCUGUGUGGAACGUGUUUAACUUGGAGAAAUCUGUUUUGUCCUGUGUUGCAGUGGACAUCUGGUCUGCAGGCUGCAUCAUGGCAGAGAUGCUGCUGGGAAAGCCGCUUUUCAAAGGAAACGAUCACCUGGAUCAACUGAGGGAAAUCAUGAAAAUCACUGGAACACCAAGCCCUGACUUUGUUGUCAAAUUACAAAGCCAAGAUGCUAAAAACUACAUCAGAAGUCUACCAAAAGUGCCAAAAAAGGAUUUGCACUACGUUUUCUCCAAAGCUAGCUCUAACGCCGUGUGCGUGCUGGAGAGAAUGCUGCUUUUGGACCCCGAAUGCAGAGCGAGCGCCUCAGAAACGCUGGAGCUUCCCUUUUUUAACGAGUUCAGAGACAUCGAGGAAGAGACUGAAGCUCUUCCAUAUGACCAGACCAUGGACAACACAGACCUGCCCCUGGACCAGUGGAAACGUCACACAUUCACAGAAAUCCUGACCUUCAGGCCCCCAAGAGACUCAAAGGGAACAUCACUUUAAGAUGUAGUCACACCCCAGAAAUACAUGUAUAUAUUUUUAGUAUAUAGGUUAUUAGUAUAUCGUGUUUGAAAUAAAGUGCCAAUGAUGAA